AUGGGGUCUGUGCUAUUCAAUCCCAGGGCCCCCACCCCCUCCAUUUUUAAAAAGGACGAUCCGACCUUAAACCAAGGACCUUUGACCACGGCGUACUAUCAGCCGUGUGGUGGCGAAGUCUAUGGCAAGGUUCUAGAUGGGAUUCAGUUGGCGAUUCAGGGCAUACCCAACGAGAACUCCUCGGCAUAUGGAGACCCUGUACAGUAUGAAAGGGACGAGAAGAUGAGCAAGAUCAAGGGGACUGUGAUUCGCGGGACGGGGCGGAUGACGGACCAAAAGGCCUGGGAGCUCGACCGGGACCUUGACUACGGCAAUGGGUGA